AUGGCCACAUCAGACGGCGAUCAAGUGUCGAGCACGCAGUCGAAUCACCCUGAGACAGAGAACCCUCCACCGCAUAUUCAACAUUCGGAGAGGACAGAGGAACAAAAUGCCAUCCCAAGAACAGUCGAACCAUUGCCAGAGGGGUCGAGACUUUGGCCGGUCGCAGAGCGGGAUGAAGAGUCCGCAGAAAGUUACAAAGCCGGUUCGGCUACCUUGAUUGAGGUUCCUGUCGACGGCAAGCCAGUUAUGGCGCUUCUGCUCUCGCACGAGUUGGGCCAACGAAUGUUUAGAUCUGUGGAGCUACAACUUGCAUUCGGGGAGCUCGAAGAUCGCUUUAAAGAGGAGAUCCCAGCAAUUAAUGACAAAAUAUUUCACCUCCAGCAGAUAGUCGAUUCCGCAAAGUCGGGUCUAGCAGAUGUCGAACGCAUCAACCUUGGCUUAGUGAAGCAGCAAGACCCUAAACUUGUCGUAAUGCAAUCAAAGGCACGAGAGGAACUACUCAAGGAUGAGGAGGAGCUAUCGCUGCUCGAAAAGGAAAAAGCAGAGCUAGAGGGCAAGGUUCAGGACGCGAAAGAGGCAUGGUACAAAAUCGCGUGGAACAUAUGUGUUCACCACCAUAUUGGUUUCAUCAAAGCAGGUUUCAAGCCAGAAGAAGGGGAAAGCGAAGAUGGAGAAACAUCGAGCGCGGAGUCUGAACCAGGUGAAGAAGCUAGUGGCGCAAAAGAGGCGGAAAGGAAAUCUAGUCCCACGGCAGCGGAAGAUGCACAGCAGCCGUUGGCUGGGAACGAAAUGGCUAUGGUGCUGUACACCGGUAACAGGGCAAAGCAGGAUACCACAAACCGGAAUGCGGACGUUCCCCAAAGCAAGCCCCCUGACCUCACCAUGACUCGGUUCACAGCAGAAGAUGAGAUUAGACUCAAACUCUACAUAGCAAAAGAAGCUUUUCGCAAAGCUGACGACGCACACGACAAACACCGAAAAUGCUACGAACUUACAUUCCUUAGAUACUGCGCACAGAACCCGACCAAACCCGAGGGCGAACUUGCCAAUCAAUUUCCCCGCUUCUUCAUCAAAAAGGGACAAGAACUCAUAAACGCGUUACGUGUUGCGGAGAAAGCGUAUCAUGAGGCAGAGAAACGCGCCAUGGAUGUGAACGUUUUCACCAUUCCUGACGAACUUAUCGAAGCAAAUGUUAACCCAUAUUUGGAUAUCGAUGAUCUGGAGGCGAUGAUGAAGCCAUGGAAUGAUAAGGACCGGGCGCGCAUUUACGACUGGCGUCAUGGCGAGGCGGGUGUUCUCACGCCGCCGUCUAUACAUACGAUAGAUACGUUCUAUGAUGCGAGCUCUAGUGACGAUGAAGACAGCAAUGAGAGUGUUGUAAGCGCGCAAGACGUCGAUGUUCAGAGAAUAGAAGAACAUCAACCGUCAGCACCAUCCGCGAACAACAAUAUCGACACCAUCGCAAUAACACCGGCGCAAGAUGAAGCCGAGCCUCGUUCCGAGGAGGAUGACAUUCCAGAGGGAGUAGUCGUAUUGAGCAAGCCCAAUGCAAGUCAGAACUCCUACUCGUCUACCGAAUUAGCGUCGACAAUAGAUGGCGCAGCUCCAGCUUCUUCCUCUGGGGUGGAAAAGCGUAAGUUCUGGGGCCAGGAACUCAUUUGCAGCCUCACCACCUCUGCGCGCCGCCCGCUGAAGUCACAGCGAGCCCACGACGCUGAUUCAGUCAUGCCUCUGUCCGAUUUCCAGAUACCCGAUACCGUUGAGGGCCUGCAAGCGGCUCUUAGCAACGUCGAUGAAGAGGAACACGAACAAGCCCGCUUAGCGGAUGAUGACUUACGGUUGCUGGGCGCGAAACGUCUUGCCAUACGCACACUCUUGUUGUCGAAGAGAGACCAGCAGUGUCGAGAGGCUAUACAGGAGCUGCCAAACGCGGUUAUGGAGAAACUACCACGUGAGCUCCGGGACAUGAUCUACACGGACCUUUACCGCGGAAGUCAGAACGAACGGUACGAAAUUGUCGACAACAACUCCAAGCAUCCCCACGACCCCUUGUACGAGUUUGCGCCUAUGGUUGAAGCAUAUGAGCCGCCAUAUUGGAUGCUGGAACGUGAAGUCGGCCCUGAAUUCGCGCGCGAAGCCGUGGAGAAUUGGUACAAGCUCGCCCAUCUCUCUGUCGACAUAAAGCUGCUACAACCACUCUUGCAAGACGACGAUGGCGUCUUGUAUGACACCUGGUCGCCUUCGGUUCGGACCUGCGAUUUCCUUAGGGAACUGGACGUUUUCAUCGGCCCCGCGUGGUUACCGUUGCACACAGGGGAUAGUAGGCCAUCGGGUCGAGCAGUACACAUCCGACAAAUAUGUCGGUCACUCUCUACUUUGCUGGAAGACCCAAGUGUUGCACGGAAGGAGGGGUUCAAACUGCACAUUGCCUUUCAAUGGGAUGAAUCUGACGAUUGGUCCGAUUACCUCAAGGCAAUUUGCCCAGUGGUCUACCGUUUGAAGGCCCAAGGCUUCUUAUUCUUCAAGCGCAUCUUCAGCGAUGCUUUGUUCCGGAGAGAGCCGGACGUCAGCGACAUGCAGCGAUCGCGGCGCGUGCUGGUGAGGAGCUCGGGGGGUAUGCCAGAGGAACAGACGAACUGGAGAACAUCGUUUUUCGAUAUUCAGGUUCAGGAUGAGGAGCGUCGUGCGUUGAGGGAUGGGGCAAGUGUAGCCGGUAGCGACAUGCAUGCCGCCGAACGACCUAUUCUAGCACCGAGCCACGACCAAAUACCAGUGCGCAAGCCGAGUCGCGCUCGGAGGAGACUGAGCAAGAAGCAUCGAAGGCCUGCUUGA